AUGCCGCCACGUAUCACACAAGACCCGCACUUGGUGCAACCCCCCGACUUCGAGUCGGAACAAUUCCGGGCGCUUUACGCCACCUUAGCCACCGCCGAGCGCACAGUGGACGCUAUCAUAGCCGACUCCCAAAAUGCUUGGACCCAGAACAACGACGCGCAAAGAGUCGCGUGGAACGCCCAGGUCGAGCAAGACCACGCAGAAGAAGAGGAAGCUAGGGCAGCUCAGCGAAGAGGCAAGCUGAGAAGCACGGUCGGGAAGUUGUCAUCUCGUCGACCUUCCCGCUAUGCGAUCCACAAGAUCGAACAACUCGAGUACGUUGAGCUCUACUAUUUCACCAAGGAGGCCUGUCUUGAGGCCGAGAGGACGGAAUACUCAGUGGCGAGGGGCACUUUCACCCUGAUGGCUGACGGAGAGAACGUGCUGGCAAAACCCGCCGCUGCGUACAAGCCAUCCACAAAGGUCGUCCAGGAUGAGAACCUCGAAUGGCGCCAAAUCAUCAAGGCGAAGGACUACAUGCUGGAGGCCAUGGUGGACGCAGGCUGGCCCGAGGAACACGUCAUGGCCCUUGGUGUAUUCUUUCUCGAGCUCGACAAGCACCCAAUCAGCGACCUAGAGGGGGGAGAAACCGCUGUUCUACUGUACCAGGCGCGCAUCCGCCGUAGGUGGAUGGAAGACCUCAAGAGCACCAAUGACGAGGAAGUCUUCGACAUCAGUGUUGUCAAUGACAAACGGCUGGAUGAAAUGUACAGCGAGGUGCUCAACCUCCGUCAGGCCCAAGGCUUAACGGUCAGUCACCAUUUCAUUCACAAGCUGAGGGGCAUGCAGCUGACAACAUCUCACACCGCACUGUCAUUAACCCACAUCUCAUCUUUGCGCCCCUGUGCUCAUCAUGCACACAUGCCGCGCACCCUCACGCACCCCCUCCGCACCCAUAACCUGCACCCAUACCUCCGCACCCAUAACCCGCACCCAUACCUCCGCACCCAUACCUUCUGCACCCAUACCUCUGCACCCAUAACCUGCACCCAUAACUCGCACCCAUAA